AUGGAAAUGAAGACUUUGAUUUGGGGUAUUUUGUCUGUUAUAGGAGCGGUUCUAAUUCACCUCUCCUUUGGAUAUUUUUACACAAUUGGUAAUAUGAACCCAUAUCUUAUUGCCUACAUGAAGGUUUCAAAAAGUCAAAGCGUCUGGUUUAACUCUGUAUCGUUUGCAAUGCAGGCGGUCUCUAUGCCGGUUGGAGGGAUUCUCGUACUAAAGAUUGGUUUCAGACCUGUAACCAUCAUGGGGAUGAUUCUAAGCAGGUGA